AUGUCGUCUUCAGCACAAAUUCUACCAGCCGGCGCUGGAUAUGGAGUUGUUAUCGGAGCUGGAUUCUUCUUUGCUUUUGUAAUGAUGGGAAUCUCUCACCUCCAAAACAAAUAUACACGGUUCGACACGAAGACCAGCGAGGAGUUCAACACUGCUUCUCGGAGCAUUAAACCUGGAUUGAUUGCUAGUGGUCGUGGUGAUUGUGUCUGCUUGGACAUGGGCCGCAACCUUGUGAGGGUCUACGUUAUCAAAAGGUCGAGAAAUCUUAUUGACUUUUACGUUAGGUUACAAAGCGCUACUGUGGCGUAUCAAUACGGUGUUGCUGGACCUUUCUGGUACGCCGCUGGUGCCACGGUGCAAAUCUUUAUGUUCGCCAUCCUUGCUUGCAAGGUCAAGAUGAAUGCACCUCGCGCUCACACAUACCUUGAGAUUGUCCAGGCUCGUUACGGACGUACCGCCCACAUCACCUUCCUUUUCUUCGCUCUUGUCACCAAUAUCUUGGUCGGCUCGCAACUACUCUUGGGUGGCUCAGCCGUCGUAACCAGUUUGACUGGCAUGAACGUCUAUGCAGCUAUCUUCCUUAUCCCAGUCGGAGUAUGUGCCUACGUCGUUCUUGGUGGUCUGCGUGCGACAUUCCUUUGCGACUACAGCCAUACAUUGAUUCUGAUGAUCAUUAUCCUCUACUUCAUGUUCAACGCAUACGCUACCAACGAUCUUAUCGGGUCCCCAGGAGAGAUGUUCGAAUUACUCAANAAGGCAGCCAUCCAGAGACCGGUAGAAGGCAACGUUGAAGGUUCCUAUAUGACACUCAAGUCGAACUAUGCCCUGGUCUUUGGUGUGAUCCAGCUUUGUUCUGGUUGUGGCACCGUCUUUCUCGACCAGGCCUACUGGCAGCGUGCCAUUGCUUCUCGACCCACCACUGCUGUGAAAGCAUACAUAUUGGGAGGUAUUGCCUGGUUCGCUAUUCCCGAUAUCUCGGCUGGUUUGGCAGCAGCAUACUCAGCCCAGGCUCUACUAGGCAAGGGUGGUGCAGUAGCCCUCCUUAUCGUCCUCUUCAUGGCAGUCACAUCAUGCGCCUCAGCUGAACUGAUCGCUGUUUCCUCCCUGCUGACCUUUGAUGUUUACCAACGCUACAUCCGCCCGACUGCGUCACCUUCAUCUUUGAUCUUUGUCUCUCACGUCAUGAUCUGCGCCUUUGGUCUGACAAUGGCUGUCUUCGCUUGUAUCUGGAACGCUAUUGGCAUUGACCUUGGCUGGCUGUUCCUGGUGAUGGGACUUUUGAUCGGUGGUGCAGUCUUCCCUGCCGCCUUCGCAAUCACCUGGAGAGGACAAUCUGCUGCUGGAGCAAUCACUGGUGCCAUUGGCGGAUUGAUCGUUGGUAUCGCUGCCUGGCUUGCUGUUGCCAAAGUUUACUUUGGCGAACUCACUAUUGCCACCACAGGAACGGAAUAUGCUACCUUGGCAGGUAACCUCGCAGCGGUCGCGUCUGGUCUCAUUCUCACCGUCGCGGUUUCUCUCAUCAAGCCCCAGAACUUUGACUGGGCCAUUACUCGUAGCAUCAAUGCCGAGGGUGCAAUGGUAGUCGAGUCACAACUCCAACAGCAGCAAAUGCAAGAAGGAAAACUUGACACAACAACUGCAGUAGUCAACCCCAGCGAUGACGAAAAGACACCAACACCCGAAAAGGAUACCUCUUCCGCACCAUCAAUCUCCGAACCACUACCUCAAUCGCACCACCCAAGCCCCACCAUCGCAGACCACGAAGACGCCGAACGCGCUGCCGACCGCCUGAUCGAAGAAUCUCCAGAAUCGCUUCGCGGUGCCUUCAAGCUUGCUUGUAUUGCUGCGUUUGUCCUGACCUUUAUCAUGGACUUUUUGCUUCCUAUGCCCAUGUUCUUUAGUCACUAUGUGUUUUCGAAGGGCUUCUUUACCGCUUGGGUGAUCAUUAGCUUUAUUUGGGUGUUUGCUAGUACUGCUAUUUCGGUUGUGUUGCCUGUUGUUGAGACUGCUGGGUUUUUGNNGAAGCAGUUUGCUAGGGAUGUGUUUGGUGGGAAGAAGGGAAAGGCUUGA